GACUUAACACUAGAGCCCUGAACCUGAGUAGAGCGCGUUCGCGCUGAAGUGGAGACGACGGACUUUACGCACAUGGACUAAAGUUCUGGUUUAAGGUUAACUCCUAACGCGUCCAGUUUUUCCUCGCACUGACUGAUCAUAAUCAAAGAAGGACGAAGUCCAGAAGAACAGAAAGCUGAGCUGGAUGGGACGUCUUUAUAAAUAAGAGUCCGGACUGUGGCUCACCGGGCUGAGGUGGAUUUAUGGUUGACUCAGGAACCUGUGCGGAAUGAGAAUUACCUUUUAAUUUGCUUCUGCGGAACUAAUCUGUAAACAUUGUGAUGGAUGGACACGUGUUGUUGACUUGGAUGCUGCUGUGUUUGUUCCUGGGGCAAACGACGACGCAGAAACCGGCGCACGAAGAAGCGCUAAACUGCUGCGAGGGCGACGUCCUCUUCCUGCUGGACUCCUCUGGGAGCGUGUCGUCCUACGAGUACUCGCGCAUGCUCACCUUCCUGUCCGAGCUCCUUCUCCCUUUCUCCCUGGGGGAGGACCAGGUGAGGGUGGGGCUCCUGCAGGUGGGCACCCGGCCGCGCCUCGAGUUCGGCUUCGACGCCCACGGCGCCCAGAGUGGGCUCCAGAGGGCUCUGAGGAACGUCGCGCCGCUCCGGGGCGACACCAACACCGUGGAGGCGCUGAGGAUAGCGAAGGAGUGGGUGCUGAAGCCCGGGGCGGAGCACGGGGCCCGGGCCGGGCUCCCGAGGGUGCUGGUGUGGCUGACGGACGGGGUGAAGCCCGGGGACGUGGUCGGACCCAUGGCGGAGCUGCGGGCGGACGGCGUAGCAGUGCUGGUGGUCUCCACGGGCCACGGCAACUACCAGGUGCUGAGGCAGGUGGUGAGCCCACCUGUGGAGACCCACCUGCACUUUGUGGACAUCGAUGACAUGUACAUCAUCACCGACGACCUGCGGGACGCCAUCAUCGAGAUCAUCCGGGCCGAGCGGAUCCACGUGCGGGACGUGUCCACCACCUCGGCCACGCUCCAGUGGCGACCCGUCCUGUCCGGCCUGAGCGGCCACUACGAGGUCCGCUUCCGUCCGGUUCCAACGGGAGGCGGCGGUGGCGCCGGCGGCGGAGGAGGAGGCGGAUCGGGGACCAGUCCCAGCACCAGCGGGGGCGAUUACCAGAGGGUCACCCAGCCGUCCCACUCCAGCAGUGCCAGGCUGACGCACCUGAAGCCUGACACCACCUACAGAGCUGAGCUGAUCCCACAGUCCAACGAGGUCGCCUUCAACACACUCGAUGUCACCUUCACCACUAAACCAGAGGUGCUGAGCCCGGCUGUGGUAACAGUCUCUGAAUCGGGGCAAACCAGCGUCCGGGUGAGCUGGGGCCCAGUUCAGCCAGAGGCCGUGGCCGGCUACUACAUCGAGUACUCUGCUUUGCCCAGGGGCGCGCUCCAUACCGUUACUGUGAGCGGGACGCACAACUCCACUCUCCUCAGAGACCUCCAGCCGGACACCACCUACCUGGUGACAGUCACCGCCCGCUACGCCUCUGGCAGGGACCGGGCCAUGUCCGUCAAAGUGUGCACGCAGGAAGUCACUCCAGCCUUGGCCGACCUCCAGCUCACCACCACGGGCAGCGACUCUGUGCAGGUGGACUGGAGAGGCAGCGCGGCCGGGUUGAAGGGCUACUGGCUCACCUGGGAGGGACAGCAGAGCCCCGGCCGGCGCUCCUCCCUCUACAUGCCGCCUGACUCCCUGUCAACACGCCUCACGCGCCUCCCCCCGUUAGCCAGAGUGUGCGUGUCACCCAUUUACCGGACGGCGAGGGGGGAGGGGCUGUGUUGCACGGCGCAGUUUCAUUCAGAGGCCCUCGCGUACGGCUACCAGUCGUAGCAGCGCUGGUCUGCGAGUGCACCUUACCAAACAUGGAGGGACCACGGCCACGGGGAGAAUCUGACUUUCAUCCCUAAUUCUUUUCCGUGCCUCUCCCUUCCGUGGACGUCGUCCAGGAGAGUUACUGUAUGCGAGUUGGCUCACUGUGUGCUCAGACCACAGACACUUAAGACUGAUGUGGGACACUGCUCGUCGACUGCUCCGGCCUGAAACACAGCAGGCCGUUCGCUCUCCUCUUUCUGUUGUGCCAUUUUGUUUACACCUGUAAUCCAUGUGUACCGCUCCAUUUAAAAAUGCAUGUGAAAGCCAUUGUUUUGGACCUACAGAGUGUGGCAUGCAGGGAAUGUUGGAUCUCAUGUGGCUUGUCUUAGAGAAAGGCUUUGCACCAUAUGUAGGCUUCAUGCAGUAUAGAGAACAUCUGAGUUACAUUUACAAUUCAUACUUAUGAUGACAUUCAUAUGCAGCCUCUAACAACAGGAUAGUCAGAAAGAAAUGAUGAAUAGUUAUUCAUAUUUAUUAAUACGACUUAAUCAAGCACAGUAUUUACAUACAUGUUGUUUACAUUUUAAGGCUGUUACAUAUUUUUAACCAAUCUUUGUUGCGCUCUACUGUAAAGAUAUAUAGAGGUUUUAGUGGCUAUACACUGUUUGACUGUUAUCUUCCCAAAGGAAACUAAUUGUUUUACAUUUGUUGACCAUUAUUGAAAUUUAACAUGAGAUUGCAAUAAAGUUCUUUUUUUUUGUUUAUA